AAUUAUUUUAGUCGUGAAAGAAAUGACACAGAAAAGUUUCAAUUUAGUUUAAAGUUAUUAAAAGUCAGUGUUUAAAUCGUAAAACAGCUACGAAGCUUAAAAGACGUACAUCACUCUGUGAUUAAUCGUGAUGGUUGAAAAAGUUUUAUAUGUUUUACUAAGUUAUUUUUGUUUAGUUUCAUUUGCUUUUACGGUACAAAAAGUCCAGAAAAAUGAAGAUGAAAGCUUUCUUGACAAUCCACACUAUACGUCAAAUAUCGAGUUACCAGACUAUCUACUUAAGUUGCAAAAGAGCUACCCGAAUCUCAUUGACAUAAGAUCAAUUGGAUCGUCAUUAGAUGGACAAGAUCUUAUCGUAGCUCGAAUUCAUCGGGAUGUGAAACGACCUCGUUCAAUUCUAAUCCCCAUGUUCAAAUAUGUGGCAAACAUGCAUGGUGACGAGACUAUAGGACGACAAUUACUUGUGUAUCUAGCUGAAUAUCUCGUGAAAAACUACGGAAUUGUUCCGGAAGUGACGCAACUAGUCGACACUACAGAUAUUUAUCUCAUGCCAAGCAUGAAUCCAGAUGGCUUCGGAAAGAGCAAAGAAGGAUCUUGCGAAUCAAUGCAAAAUUAUUACGGAAGAUACAAUGGUAAAGGAAUCGACUUGAAUCGUGACUUCCCAGAUCGUUUCGAUCAGAAAAUCAUUGAAAGAUUAUACAACAUGAGAAGACAACCAGAAACUCUCGCCGUAAUGAGUUGGAUUAAGGAGAAUCCAUUUGUAUUGUCAGCUAAUUUACAUGGUGGAGCAGUCGUGGCCAGUUAUCCAUACGAUAACACAAUCAAACAUCACGAUUGCUGUGAAGAUUCUCCAACACCCGAUGAUUCCGUAUUUCGACAUUUAGCACGUACAUAUGCAAAGAAUCAUCCGGUAAUGAAAGACGGCAAUGAUUGUAACGAAACAUUCCCAAAUGGUAUUACAAAUGGAGCUUAUUGGUAUGAUUUAUCGGGUGGGAUGCAGGAUUUUAAUUAUGUUUUCACUAAUUGCUUUGAAAUCACUUUGGAACUUUCAUGUUGUAAAUAUCCGCCAAGAACUGAAUUACCAUCAGAAUGGCAUAAAAACAAAAAAUCUCUGAUUGAGUACAUGAAGCUGAUUCAUACGGGAAUCAAAGGUUUAAUUAAAGAUGUGAGUGGCUAUCCAAUCAACGAUGCUGAAAUUUAUGUGCAAGGAGUCGAAGAAAAGCCAGUGAGAACAACUGAAAGAGGAGAAUUUUGGAGAUUGCUCACCCCAGGAACUUACAAUGUCAGAGCAAUUGCUUUUGGAUACAUUCCGUCACCUUAUUUGGAAGUUGUCGUCAAUGAAGUUGGAGCAGUUGUUGUCAAUUUCACUCUGACACCAUCCGAUAGUGUUGAAGGAAAGUACAAACAGGUUCGAACAGUUAAAAUCGGUGCCGACGAGUAUGGAUUCAUUUUCAAAACUGAAUUUAAACAUCACAAUCAAUCGGAAAUGGAGAAAAUGUUGAAGGAACUUCAUGAAACUUACCCAAAGCUGACAAAUCUUUACUCGAUUGGAAAGAGUGUUGAAAAUCGAGAUCUUUGGGUGAUUGAGAUAAGCAAGAAUCCUGGACAACAUGUACCUUUGAUACCUGAGUUCAAGUACAUUGCAAACAUGCAUGGAAAUGAAGUUGUUGGUAGAGAGUUGAUGCUGCUGUUGGCUAAAUAUCUUUGUGAGAAUUAUGGAAUUGAUAAAAGAAUUACUGACUUGAUUGACACGACACGAAUUCACAUCAUGCCUUCAAUGAAUCCUGAUGGUUAUGAGAUGUCAACUCCAGGAGAUGAAGGUGGAAUUAUUGGAAGACCAAAUGCUAAUAAAAUCGAUUUAAAUCGAAACUUCCCCGACCAAUACGGCAUGAAUGAGUUUAAUAAGAUUCAAGAACCGGAAGUUAAAGCUGUAAUGAAUUGGUCGCUUUCUAAUAAUUUUGUGUUGUCUGCUAACAUUCAUGGCGGCGCACUCGUUGCAAAUUAUCCAUUCGAUGAUUCACAAAAAGAUUUCAUGUCAAAUGCUGAUCCGAUGACGAAAAGCAAUCCAACAGAAGAGAAUGAAAUCUUUAAAUAUCUUGCAAGAACUUAUGCGACAGCUCAUAGGAAAAUGUAUUUGGGUAAGCCUUGUCCAUCAUUUAUCCGAGAAAGCUUCCCAGAAGGAAUAACAAAUGGAGCUGAUUGGUAUGCUGUGACUGGUGGAAUGCAAGAUUGGAGUUAUUUGCAUGGUGGAACUUACGAGUUGACUUUAGAAGUUGGUUGUUAUAAGUUUCCUAAAGAAGAAGAACUCAGCACUUAUUGGAUGGAUAAUAAAGAAGCUUUAAUUAAAUUCAUUGAACAAAUUCACAUGGGACUCAAAGGAAUCGUCAGCAGUUCCAUUGGAACUCCAAUCCCUCAUGCAGCAAUUUCUGUUAACAACAUUCAACAUGUAACUUAUAGUGGGAAAGAUGGCGAUUAUUAUCGGUUGUUGUUACCUGGAAAGUAUAACAUUACAGUGUCAGCGAAGGGAUAUGAAGCACAAACGGCUGAAAUUACAAUUCCUGAUAAUGGAAAUAAAUCAUUAAUUAAUAAUUUCCAAUUAAUGCGAAAUGAUCCUCAACAUUGGUCGUCGGCGUAUGAUUUUAGAAUUCUUGAGAAUAUUUUAAAGACGCGUUAUCAUUCUAGUAAUGAGAUUCAAGACAUUUUCACGGAGCUUCAAACGAAGAAUUGGUGGAUGGCGCAAGUUGAAGAUGAGGAGAAUGUUAAUCAUUACAGUGCACUUAAAGUCACUGAAGGUCUUGGACAAACUGAAGAGAAGAAAGUUCACAUUUUAAUUCUUUCAUCUUUGUUUGAGACGUCGCCAGUUGGAAGAGAAAUUGUCGUCAAUCUUGCACGUCAUGUCAUCGCUGCAUACAACACAAAAGAACCGCCAAUGCGUGAUUUGUUGCAGAAGGCAGUCAUUCACUUUGUCGUUGUGAACACAAACUUUAAUAAAGUUCAUUCACAAUUUUAUCAGAAUGAAACAAUUUGUGAUCCUCAAUUAAAGGAAGAAAUUGGCGAUAAAUUUCUAAAUGCUGAAAGUGACAAUGUCAAAGACAGUUUCUUUAAACUCUUCGAGAAAGAAGAAAUUUCGUUGGCAUUGACAUUUACUGCUGGUGAUGACGCAAUUUCUCAAGUACUUAAAGAUCGUGAAGCACUUUAUGCUGAAUUUGCUGAUCAAACACAUUCACGUUUUGGUGCUCAAAAUCAACUUUGCGCUUCAAAUGCGCUUCGUUUAAAUGAAAAUGAUUCUCUGAGAAAAAUCACAAAUCUUAUGUACAAAAUGUUUAAGUUGCCACUUUACUCGAUAAAUUUGUCAUGUUGCAAGAUGCCAAAUGAGAAAGAAAUUGCUGAAAUAUGGAAGGAGAAUAUUGAGAAGAUUUUAAAGUUUAUUAAUCUUGCAAGAGGUGGAGUUGAAGGAUAUGUCAGAGAUAAGAAUGGAAAUCCAUUGAGAAAUGCAAAAAUUGUUGUCAAAGGAAGCCAACGAGUUCAUGAGGUUUCCAAAAACCUCGCGUUCUUCCACGUUCUCGUUCCAUCAGGAACUUGCGAAAUUCAAGUCACUUGUGUCAACUACACGACUAAAACUGUCGGAAUAAAUAUUGACGCAGCUAUUAUUAAUUUGGAAGAAAUUGUUCUUGAACUUGAUACGACAAUUAAGGGACAAAUUCUUCAUGAUCUUUCCGGGUUCAUCACAGAUGGCGAUGGCACUCCAGUCUCAGAUGCCGAGAUUGGAAUCAAAGGAAAUUGGAGGAAGAAAGCUUACACGAAUCAUGUUGGGCAGUUCGAUAUGAAAGAUAUUGAAGGCGAUAGCGCGAUUCUCACAGUUAAAGCGAGUGGAUUUAAAAUCAGUGAGAAACUUGUCAUGAUGAAUCUCCAGGGGACAACAAAGAAUGUCAUUUUUAAAUUAAGUCCUUCAGAUGAAGACAUGGGAUUUAAUAAUCUCAUCUUCAUAUUCUUUAUUUGUAUCGCAAUCAUUUGUUCCGUCAUUUGCAUAACAUUUUGUGCAAUUAAUGGAUUUUCAGCUUCAUGUCCAUUCGUUGAGUUUUGUGUAAGGAGAAGAAAUCGUCAUUUGGGUGAGAAUUACAAAUUUUCAUUACUCACGAGAAAGACGAGACAACCAAAGCUUUUUGAAGACGAGUUUGGUGAUGACGAGGAAGAAGAGCUUUUUACGCCUCCUUCUUUGAAACAUCCACUUGAGCGAUAUGAAGACAAUUUCUCAGAAGAUGACAUUAGUGACGAAGAUGAUUUAGUAAUUCUUCCAAAUAGAACUUUAGACAUUUCAAAUAAUUAAGACACUUGAAACUUUCAUACUUUAUUCAGUUGUUCCGUGACUUAACAAUGUUAAAAGUUGUGCCUCGGUUGUGAUAAAUAAGAACAAAACAUUUCACCUCAAACCUUUGUUUUUUGUGCGUAGAAUCGAUUAUUACAAUCAUUUCUUUUUAUUUAAUUUAAAUAAGAUUAUUGCAAUUGCCACUAAGAUAUUAAGGCUGCGAAACGAAUCACAUUCAAAGUUUUCUCUAAUUUUGUUAUCAAAUUUUAGAUUUUAGAUAUUUAUAAAAAAAUAAAUCUGUUCAUGAUUACUUGGAAGACA